AAAUUACUUUGCGCCUCUAAUUGUGACAAUUAAAAUUUUUUGUCAGUUUUACUUUGUUCAAGAUACGUUUUCAUUCGAAGAUUAAAAACCAAUCCAUUAAGUUGAAUCUCUCCCGGAAGUUGGAAAGGCAAUUGUUAGAUAUACAUCGAAAAACAAAGCUACGGAUUGCAAAAUAAUAGAAUACUGUUCAUUUCAUUUAUCGGCAAGAAGUGCAACCGUUUGAACUCUCGCAGUAUAUUUAUUAGAAAUGCCUGUACUGCACGGUACAGUGGACUCUUGUUAUAUUAUCACAGUCAAAGGUAUAAAAGCGGAACAUUCUUGGAGUAUACUGGAUCGGACAAGUUCAUCGGUGCGCGUUGGGAGAAAUCGUGGCAAUUGUAUGCGGCGAUAGAAGGCGUAGAGACGUUAGGAGCGGCGAUAAAACGCGCGACGAUACAGCGCGUUGCGCGGUCAAGAGUUCUCCCGGAGUUCCAAAUCUCGACGACGAGGAUGGCGUGCAAGGGUAAUCGCUGUUUCUGAGCGUCGGGACCGAGAGGAAAAUACAACGUUCAACAUGUCGUUGAAGAGGCUAAGAACGAGAUCCGCUCAGUCGGUUUCAAACGUUCAAUUUCGUCGCUGGAGAUCGUUAUAAAUCAAAACUAAUUAACUCGUAACAAAGGAAAUAAUUAAGCAAGGCAACUUAGUAUUUGAAGAGAUCGAAGGAAAAUAAAGGGAACUGCCUUAUUGUCGGAGCAGAAGCACGAAGAUAUAUCUAUAUAUACAUACAUAUAUAUAUAUUUUUCUUUUUGUAUUAAACGUAAGACGGGUUAGUGGACGAUCGUUCUCUGUGAGAAUAAUUUCGACUCGGAAUUACCGUGUUGAUGCUCGUAUUUAGUGGAAAACCGUCGUCGCGCGUUCACUGGCUGGCAUAUCGAUUCGACUCUCGUCGCGAUUAGGAGAAAACCGCGUGUGCGUAUUGGAUCUUUGCUGAGAUUAUGGCCUUCAUGAUGAAGAAGAAGAAGUAUAAAUUCUCGGUUGAGGUGGACCUGGAAGAGUUAACCGCGGUGCCGUUCGUGAACGCAGUGCUGUUCGCGAAACUCCGAUUACUCGACGGUGGUUCUUUCGUCGAUCAUUCGACGAGAGAGGAAGUCCAGGAGCACACGGUUAGGUGGAACGCCAAAUUUGAGUUUUUAUGCAAAAUGAGUGCCAACGCGUCCACUGGUGUUCUCGAACCCUGUAUUUUGAGGAUAUCCGUCAGAAAGGAAUUGAAGGGAGGCAGGUCCUUCCAGAAGCUCGGCUUCACCGACCUGAACCUCGCCGAAUUCGCAGGAGCUGGACUCUGUAGAACGAGGUGCCUUCUGGAAGGUUACGACGCGAGGCAUCGACAAGACAACUCCAUGUUGCGGGUUGCCAUCAAAAUGAACAUGCUCUCCGGAGAUAUUCUAUUCAAAGUACCUUCUCCGUCGUUGAAGCAAACGCAACUCGCGGUGCCGGGUGUGCCGGGUGUUCCCGGCGUGACUGCGGACGAAGCAAGUGCAUCCGAAAGAUGUACCAACCGAGAAGACUAUGUUUCUAGUGGCUCGUUAGCCGGAAGCAUAGCUAGCGCUAGUAGCGGUUUCGGCAGUCUUCCUAAAAAGAGGCCUGCUCUCUUUUCCUCGGAGCUCCUCAGCGGGGCAGAGUCGUACGACCCGAUGACCGUUAGCGAGAUCAUACCAUCGGCUCUUCCAGUGGAAACUUUAGCUGAAGCGCACACAGAAUCGGGCCACUCCCGAAACAGUAGUAACACCAGCCAGCUAAGCAAAGGCUCGGGCUACGGGUCCUUGAAUUCGCACAGUCAGCACAGUAGACAGAGCAGUAGUGGUGACAGUGGCCAUAUUAGGUCACCCUCCUGGCCGGUAUGGGCUCCACGUAUUCCAAAUGUCUCCCAAAACCCUACGAGUCAACAGCCCAACAGACCCGAGACGUCUCUCGAUUCCGAUUCCCCGUCCUCGUCUUCCUUCAUGUUGUUAGACCCACGAAAUCGGUUCUGGUCCAUGUCCAGUCCCCUCUCGUCUCGCGACGGGAAGCUGAGUAGACAGGGUAGCACCAGGACAAGUGUCUCGGCCGUUUCUGCGAACGAACGAAACGAAACUGGUAGAUUGAAAAACGGUGUCGUUUCGAACGAGACCAACAACGAGGAUCAAGUCGGCGUGUUCAGGGUACCUAGAUCGCAGAACGUGCCGCGACACUCGCGCAAGAAUUACGAGAGAAACAGCUUCGAUUCGCGAAACGAAUACAACACGUCGAAAGACAGAAACGAACAAGAGAAUAGCGACACGGCGGUACCGGUCGCAAAACCGAGAAUCGGUCAGCCAGGUUGGAGAAGUAUUUCGAAAACCUGCGACUGCAUCGAGAAGGGUAAAAUGAGUCCGGUUUUGCGAUUGGCGGACCAGGCCCGAGCCGUAUCCUCCCCAGAUCCUCUUCAUAGGCCCGAUAACCCCAGAGCCUCGCUACGUUCCGCGACGACCACUCAAACCCUCAGAAAUCCUUCUGGCGGUUCUGGCCUGAGCGAAACGGGAUCUCUGGAUCGAGCAAAGGCCGCGUUGGAACGAAGGAAAAAAGCAGAAGAUGGCACGGGAAAUUCGAUUUUGUGCAGGGUCGAGGUAACCAGGCCGAACCCGGAUUCUCUCAUCGACGAGCUGCUCAAAGCGACCAACUUGGAGCAAACGGAUCUCGAGAGUUCCGAAACGACUGGACUGCAGUUGUUCAUCGCGAAAGACGGAACAACGGCUCUGGGUAGUCACGAGGUAAAAAGUCAGAUGCCCGCUGGCGUGUUCAAGCAGGUGGUCAUGGAGGAGAAUAAUAGGUAACACGAAGCUAUCGGGACGAGAAGGCAGUACGCAAGACAAGCCAGCGCCACGUUCUCGUUGGCCCUGGUGCCAGAACUCGUCUACGAGGCUUGUGAGCCACGGUAGUUACGAGGGCAAAACACGAUGCUGCUGGACGAGGAGAGAGGAAACCGUCGAAAAAUAUGAUGAACGACGAAACGAACCGCGGAACGCGUCUCGAUCAACCUUAUUCGACAAAUUAUCCUUUUGAGUAUCCGUUUUUCCGGUGUUUGCUCUUAUGCGAGCCAACAUUUCGAUCUUGUUACGAUAUUUAUUAGACCUCGAGCGGUAGUAGCUGGGUCGACCCUGUUACCGAACACCUGGCUUCGCCAUCGGAGGAUUAAAUUGAUGCAAAAGAGUUUGUUCCUCUUUGGACGAUAGAAUUGGGCAGGGUAUUCUGAGAAUGAAUUGAGAAAUUUUUAUGUAACUGUUAGAUCAAUGGAAAAUUUGUUAUUCGCCUUAGAUCAGAUCUUCUUUAAAUCCGAAAAUGAUUUUCUAUGCCCAUUAUUUUAUAAUAGUGUAAACCGACACAAAAAACUUAAUAUGAACAGUUGAAAGAGCAUAGAGUUUUUUCCGGAUAGGAUUAACCAUUAUAUUGAUUUCGGAAUGAAAAUCCAAUAGAACGUUUAAACGAGAAAAUAAAGUGAUUAUUAUUUUGCACGCGAUAUGCGUAGAGUUUCAGUUCGAAUGUACGACAAACCUUUUGCAUCAAUUUUAAUACAAAUAUGCAGCUCCGAAUUUGAACACGUCUUGGAAAGACUGAAAAUUAAACAUUGAACAUUGCAUUAAGUAAAGGACGAUUUCAUUUCUUUUCGGAUAUUCCUGAGGAUAUAUUGAUGACAACUAGCGAUGGGCUACAAAUGAUUUGAUCGUAUACGUGCAAAGUGAUAUGAAUAAUUGAAACAGUCUAUAAAUCUUGUUUUGUUGAGAAUGAAAAAAGAGAGAGAGAGAAGAAUUGUUAUGUAAGAAAGACAUAAAAAAUACUAAUGAUAUAUGUAGCAAGAAAGAGUUAAUCGUGUGGAAAUAAUUGGAAUUCUUUCUGACAAUAAUUUGCUGAAAUUACGAUUGACGCGUCUGAUUCAGUUAAUUAAAUGAUUCAAAGAAUCAAGCCAUGUAAAUAAAGAUCGUAAAGUUGUAAGCGCGUAUAAUUUGCUUCUUUAUCGUUGCACUUAUGAACAAAUUGUGUAAAAAAAUCGCUUAAUUACUUAUUUAUUUGUCUGCGGAUGUUUUUCAAUCUUGAGGAGAACAACGCUGACGUCUUUUAUCCUAUACACGCCAUAUCUACAAAAGUAUUCCAAAAGUGGCCAGUUCAUGGCCAGAAUGUACGUAAACAACACGUUUUUUAUUGUAAUGAAAGCUAGUACAAGUAAAAAAAAAA